AUGCCCUUUGGACUCAAGAACGCAGGAGCUACCUACCAAAGACUGAUGAAUAAAGUCUUCGCCUACCACAUCGGAAAACUAAUGGAGGUCUAUGUAGAUGACAUGCUGGUAAAAACACAAAAUGAGGAAUCGUUGUUAUCCGACCUCACUAAAGUGUUCGACACCAUAAGAAAGCAUGUCGAGUUAUCGGAAUUCGACCUCAAAUAUGAAGCUCAGACAGCUAUCAAAUCAAAGUACCUGGCCAACUUCAUUGCCGAGUACAUUGACACCCCGGGAACUUCUACAAAAUGGAAUCUCUAUGUGGUGGCUCCUCAAACAAGACUGGGAGUGGCACAGGCUGAAUAUGAGGCACUACUAGCUGGCUUAAGGCUGGCCAGAGAGGUAGGACUCCAGAAGCUUACCAUCUUCAGUGAUUCACAAGUAGACACCUCACAAAUAGAAGGGAACUACCUAGCUAAGGAUCCCACCUUGAAAAAAUACAUAGAGAAAACCAGAGAACAGCUCAGACAAUUUGGGGGAUAUGAGGUCUGA